AUGAAGACGACCACAAUCACCGCCACCAUAGCAGCACUAUUCGCCCAGCUUGCGUUCGCCGCGCCUGUCGACAACCUCGACGCCCGGGCAUUCGACGAGAUGGAGCGCCGUGCGGCCAGUGCUCCUGUCGAACGGGGGUUCACCGAGACCACCGUUGAGGAGCGUGCGUCCAACUGGGUGACCAAUGGCCCCGCGCCGCCCAUGGCCAUGGACGUGGCGUCCACCUGGGCCACGCUCGCUCGUUACCAAUCGUGUGUCCGAGCAGGAUAUGCAUGGUCGUGUGCCGACUGCAACCUCCUGGGUGGGAGCAGCAAAAACACCGUGUUGAUGACGGGCGGCGACGACGGCGCCACACCUGUCCACUACGUUGUCAAUAACGGCUCGCACCUCAUCAUCGGUAUCCGCGGUACAAACUCCAACGACCCGGCGUCCCUCGCCAACGACGUCAACUUUGUCCUCGUCACCCCGAGCGAAACGUAUUACCCCGGCAUCAAGGCUGCAGGUGGGAUGGUGCAUGCCGGGUUCUACGGCGCCACGACGCGCGUGGCCGCCAGUCUCGCGCCCACGGUCCAGGCAGCCGUCCAGGGCGGGACCACCAACGUCAUUGUCCUCGGACACAGUCUCGGCGGUGCCGUCGGACAGAUGCUCGGCGUGUACCUCACCUCGCUGCUGGGCUCGAGCGCGACAGUCUACGUGCGCACGUUUGCCCCGGCGCGCGUCGGGAACCCGGCAUGGGCAGACUAUGUGGAUGCGACGAUGGGCGAGCGCUCGCAGCACAUGGUCAACUUUAACGACCCCGUGCCGCACCUCCCGCCGCUGGCGUGGGGGUUCCGCCACUCGGGCAACGAGGUCUUCCUCGACAAGCUGGGCAGCCUCGACCCGCUCGUCUGUUCCGGACAGGAGAACUCGCACUGUGCAGACAAGUACGAGGAGCCGCUGAACUGGCUUGCCAGUAUCGUACAGUACGUCGACAGCGAGGUGCACAUGGGGCCCUACGUCGGUGUCACCUUGAGGGGCAACUGUUAG